UGCGAGGGUGGCCAAAUGCAUCGCAGCAAUGCAGCCGCGACGGCGCUUUACGAUCACUCCGGCGGCGAGCCAUUGUGCAACGGUGAUUCCGCUUCUGGCAGUGGUGAUGCCGAUGAUGCAGUUAUGGCGCUGUGGUCGCGGUCUGCUGGUUUGCGGCAGCUUGCGUCUCCCUCGGCUUCCACGGACAUCGACGAAAGCCUCCUUUCCAAUCUCCUCAUGCAGGGUUAUGGAGCACAAUCUGAAGAAGAGAAGAAGAGGCUUGUCACGUUAAUGAGGAACCUUAGUUUUAAUAGGGAAUUUAGAUCAGAGCCAUGCAUUCCUCAAAGUGUUGGAGGGCAAGCUACAUCUGAUAGCUUCUAUUCUCCAGAGUCCAGAGGGAAUUUUGGAUUUGGGCUUCUGGAUCUUCAUGCAUGUGACUCUACCAUUCUUUUGUUGCAGCAUGUUAACUCGGAACCUUUUAAAUCAUCACCAUUCAUGCCUGAUGUGAACAAAGAGUUUGGAAAUGAAUCUAGUACCAGUCAGCAGCAAAAAGAGCAAGGUGAUGCAGAUGCCUUAUGCUCUGCCAAUGAAAAGGAUAUCAGCUUGAGGGAAAAUAAUGUUGCUAAGAUUAAAGUUGUGGUACGUAAAAGACCAUUAAACAAGGAGGAGAUUUCUCGGAAGGAGGAUGACAUAGUUACCGUGAGAGAGAAUGUUUUGACGGUCCAUGAACCAAAGCUGAAGGUGGACUUGACAGCAUACGUUGAGAAGCAUGAUUUCUGUUUUGACGCUGUUCUGGAUGAGCAUGCAACCAACGAUGAGGUUUAUCGUGAAACUGUUGAGCCAAUAAUUCCCAUAAUCUUUCAGCGAACAAAAGCCACUUGUUUUUCUUAUGGGCAAACAGGUAGCGGUAAGACGUUCACACUGAAACCAUUACCACUCAGAGCUGCCCAAGAUCUUGUUAGAUACUUGCACCAACCAGUUUAUAGCAAUCAGAAAUUUAAACUGUGGCUUGGCUUUUAUGAGAUAUAUGGCGGAAAACUCUAUGACCUUCUGAGUGAAAGAAAGAGACUUAUUAUGAGGGAAGAUGGGAAACAAUGCGUCUGCAUUGUUGGACUGCAAGAAUUUGAGGUCUCGGACGUGCAAAUCGUGAAGGAAUACAUCGAGAGGGGAAAUGCUGCUAGAAGCACAGGAUCUACUGGUGCAAAUGAGGAAUCUUCAAGGUCACAUGCUAUUUUACAACUUGUCAUCAAGAAGCACUCUAAGGCGAAGGUGUCCAAGCGGAACAAUGACAGGAAGGAGUCUAAAGCCGGGAAGGUUGUCGGAAAGAUUUCUUUUAUUGAUCUUGCUGGCAGUGAAAGAGGUGCAGACACCACUGACAGUGACAGGCAAACUAGGAUUGAGGGUGCUGAAAUUAAUAAGAGCCUUUUGGCUCUUAAGGAGUGCAUUCGUGCUCUGGACAAUGAGAAGCUCCAUAUACCAUUCCGAGGGAGCAAACUUACUGAAGUGCUCCGUGACUCUUUUGUCGGCCAUUCGAGGACAGUUAUGAUCUCCUGUAUUUCUCCGAAUGCCGGUUCAUGUGAACACACUCUCAAUACUCUGAGAUAUGCUGAUAGGGUUAAAAGUCUUUCAAAAAGUGGUAAUCUCAAAAGAGAUCCGGCCGUAAUUUCUUCACCACCAAGUAAUAAGGAAUCAUCAUCUUUCUCAGCUACCUCGGAUGUAGAUGAUGUUUACGAGCAGACGCAGGAAGUAAAAGUCGUCGAUACAGGUCGAAGGAUUACAGAGAAAGAUGCUUGUACCUUCGACUUCAGCAAACAACCCUCAUCUUUUUCGUCAAGUCGAUUUUUAGGUGGGAGGGAGAAAAAUGGAACGGGUUCUGGACCAACAGAUAGGGAGAGAGUUGAAGGGAGUAAUAAUUCCUAUGGUGGUUCAGCAUGUCAAAGAACUUGCUCAUUAAGUUCUCAAAAUUCAAUUGAUAUAGAAGAGAAAGUGCACAAGGUGUCACCACCGUGUCGAAAAGUGACUCGAGAAGAAAAUUCUGAGAAGAUGGAGGAGAACUGGGCCAAGACUGAUGGAGGAGAAUCUGAUAUGUCUGCUACAAAAUCAAGGCAGGCGAAUGAUGUUAAUUAUAUCAGCUCGAGUAAUGUUGGACAUAGACAAUGUUAUCCCGAGCCUCCUACGGAUGGGAAUAUCAAAGCAAUACUCGAUGUGGGAGAUCAAAACGGUUCAUUAUUUUUUAUUUUGGUAACAUCUCUCUGGAUUUUCUUCAUUUCGCUUAUGCUUUUGGUUUGUGGCAGGAGAAAGAGGCUUAUCAACAUUCUUCGUUGUCAUGAUCCUCAUGAACUACCAAAACACGCGUCGAUAAGUUCGCGAUAUCAUUCUUUUUUUUCACAAUUAAUAUGUUCGUUGUGUUUUGCGUCUUUAAUUCAGGAAAUGAAGCUUUUGGCUGAGGCGGACCAACCAGGCAGCCAGAUUGACAGCUAUGUUACCAAGCUGAGUUUCGUGCUUUCACGCAAGGCCGCCAGUCUGGUGAGCCUUCAAGCUCGCCUCGCCAGGUUCCAGCAUCGACUGAAAGAGGAGGAGAUACUGAAUCCGAAGAGAGUUCCUCGUUAACGCACUGCCGCUUUCAUUAACAGAUAAAUUCUCUUACACGAAUCUACUCGGUUCUGGCAGUCUGAUGCAUGGGAGCUGUUUUAGGGGUCUCCAAGACGGAACUCGGCAAUUAAAAAAAUCUCUGG